AUGCCUGCUGCAGAUGCGAAUCUCGCCGCCAACACCGGUAAUGAGCAGCGCCACUCUCGCCCAAAACCUGACACACUGUGCCUAUUGUGUAAUGUACGCGUCGAAAUGGGCGCCAAUUCCCCAGCCUCAACUGGCCUCAUCCUGGCCGCGAGUCGCGUUAUCGACCUCCCGAGGAACGACAUCGUCAUUUCCCAUACCGACCACCAUGGCCAUUUGCUCCAGGAGCAAGCCACAGUUCUGCACACGCCACACCAGGCGCGCCGCAAGCCGAUCGCGCAUGCGACGUCACUGGCCGGGCGUCAUCGCGCCAGCCCCGGCAAUGACGAACGGCCACCUGUGGGGAGCUGCAACAAAGAGCUCUGGGCCGUUCGAUCCCAUCGCGACGCCAACAGCUGCUACUGCCCUCCCAGUGCCAUCCUAUACCCUAAUCCCACAGAUCUUUUUUGUCGCAAGCCCCUCCAGAUGGCAAGCAGAAUCAGGAGUCUUUUCCACCGCCGGAACCGCAGUGUUGUUGAGGACAAGACUCAGAAAGAUGACAAACCUCUUCAAACAACCCCGUACCGAUCUGCAACAAUCGGCAGGGCCCCGCGACAAGGUGCGUCACCGCGACAGGGCCAGUUCCCGUCCCCCACGAGUCCCAAUCACCCGGGAGAGGUGCACUCGCCGCCAUCAAAUGGCGCACCGACGGAACCCAUCACCAGCGAAUCUGUGCCUCACGCCUCGUUGGACAUGCCAUCAACAACGAUAAUGGACUCUUCUGCGAAUAGAAGCAAAGUCGAGGCAGAUAGGCGAGUGUCAGGCGUACCGUCUAGCACGGCGCUUCCCGGCGACGACGACAGGCACUUUGAAGAUGUUGACCCAACCCUCCAAGCGGGCGUUGAGCAUCUGUCUUUGGGGGGAGACGAACGCCUCAUGACGCGGCCCAGUCGGCAGAGGUACGGUGAAGAUGUAGCGGACCGUAAUGUGGCCUCUCAGUUCGAGCCUUCUACCUAUGAGGAAGAUGAGCACAUGCCAGAAAAGCCGAUGACGAAUGGUGAAAAACUCGCCAAUGUGGCAGCUCUUCAACACGAUACUUUGGGCGACGACAGCUCCAGUUCGGUAUUCGCAACACCCCUAGAUAUGCCCGGUGGCGCGAAAAGCUAUAUUCCAGUUGAGGUCAAGCAAAUCGAUGCGACGCGGGAUCUACCCGGCAGCCGGAGAUCAGCUGAGCAUCCUGCCCAUGAGCUGAGGCACAAAAAAUCUUCAGACAAGCUCUCUUCGAAAGCAAGCGCUGGUAGCCUUGCAGCAGACAGCGAAACCAAAUAUCUCGUCGAGGGUGCACCCGAAGCACCGAGUUUGAAAGGCAUUGUCGAUUUGCGCAAUACCGAAGAUACCACCUACGACGCACACUACGCUCCAGCCGUCACCCACGAGACCGUCUAUCCGCAGGUGCACCACAUUCGCGAAGAGCAUAUCUUCCGCGAAAUCCAUACACAUGACGUCUUCCAUCGGAUCUUGCCAAUAAUUGACGUUGAAGUGCUGCCCGCGCGGCACUACGUGCAAGAUGCCGACGGCACGCGGCGCGAAGUUCCUGCAUCUGCGGUCCCAGGCCGCUCAGGCGCGCUGCAGAAUUGGAUCGUCGCGGAGACAGCGUCGCGUCUGCCGAAGAGCGACCCUGCGCCUAAGGAGCCACGCCGCUUCACCGCGCGCAAGUGGGCCGAGAAGGAGGGUGAUGAGGUCACUUACACGACGCCUGAGGGCUUCACGCGCAAGGAGACGACGUGGGUGCAUCCACCAACGAUCGAGACGGGCGCGCAGGCGACAGGCCAGACGGAGCCGUUGUACAUGGGAGACGCGUCGGACUUGAGCAUCAAGGCGUCGGGAGAGCAUGUCGAGCAACUCCCGCCGCACCCGAUGAGUGCAAAGGACCUCGCUGGUGGCAUUAGCGACGCGCCGUUCGACGACUGUGUUGAGUUCGAGCGGACGGGCAAGCUGCCUGGAGCUGUGAAGACGUCGAAGACGGACGAUGUGAAGCGCGCUGGUCUUGCUCCCCUUGCAUCUUGA